AUGACAUCAGGAAAUAAAUGUUUUUACGCCCUCUCGGGGUUAUUGGGGUCGAAGAUACUGUCCAAAAAAUCAAAAGAACGACUCUAUAUGGUACUAGCUAGACCAGUGACAAUGUAUGCAUGUGAGACAUGGCCCACGACCCAAGGGGAUGAGAAUAGACUAGCUAUCAUGGAGAGAAAAUUCCUUUGGAAGAUUUACGGACCAAAAAGAAACGAAGACCAAACAUACGAAAUAAGAUCUAACAGAGAACUACAGGAGUUAUUCGGAAAACCAGACAUAAUAGCGGAAAUACGCCACAAAAGACUGAGGUGGCAUGGAUAUGUACUAAGGGCUAAGUCAAUAGCAAAUGCUGUACUAAGAUGGACUCCUCAGGGAAGAAGGCUGAUUGGAAGACCAAAACAGAGAUGGAUGGACAAAAAUAAAAAAGAACUGAAUCAACUUGGGAUAGAAAAUAUUACUGAAGCGGCCAUGAACUGA